UAAUUUUUAUCGUAAUAUAAGUAAUAUUAAAAACUAAUUAUAACUGUGGAAAACUUAAUAAAUUAAUAAUCAUAAUUUGAUACAAGAACUGAACAACAUUCGAAUUUAAGUUAUAACUUAAAUUAAAACUACAUUAAAAUCUCGAUUCCUGUUUCAGAGAGGAGUUUUUACGCUGAUGAUUACCAGGUAAAAAUGGAAAUGUUUCAAAGAAACCUGACGUACUUUGUCUCGGUAAAUGAUUGCAAAAAAGUCAUCUACGUGGCUGACAAGAAAGAUAUUAUUGAUGAAAUUUUAAGGUCUUUUAACUUAGUUACGCAGAAUUACGUCUUGCAAAUGUACCACACCGAAUGGAUGGAUUACGUAGAUGUGGAAUCGUUAUUCGAUAUUCCCAAUAAAGCAACGCUCAAAUUAAUCACUUAUGACUCACCUGUCAGUAACCCCUUGCAUAACGCUAAUCUGUUAGAAAAAUCCGACAAUUCCGUUAGUAACAACAAAGAAACUUGGCCCGAUCGCUUUACAAUACCCGAAAAACAAUUCACUCCGUGUUUACUUAACGCUUUAGCCAACAAACAAAAGUUAAGUUGGUCCCAAAAACACGAAUUUUUAACUGUUUUAUGUGAUACUAUUAUGUCUUAUACAUUAUAUCCUACGAAAGCGCAGAUAAUUGAAGUAGCACACGAAAUAGUGAGCACGUAUAGUCAUUUGAAAGGCGAUUUCACUACUGGUUAUUUGGGUUGGGUACAAUGUUUAAUUAACAAAUUAAAAAAUGUCAGAAGGAACCUUAAGGUUGAAGCUGUUCAAAAGAGAAAAAAGAAAUACAGAAAAUUAAUUUGAGAUAAUAUCUUA